AAUCCUCUAAUUUCAAACCCCUUCCUUUUGUCAUCUUCCCCCAAAUUUCCUCUUCCUUUUGCAAUUUCUUCCCUCAAUCCCUCUGUUUUUCCUCUCAUUUCUUUCCCCAAUGGGUUGUGCUACCUCUAAGCCAAAACGCCGAUGCCCCCAUUGCCGGAAUUCCCUCACUCAACGAAGCAACUCCCUCCACGCUCACCGAUCCCCGCCCCGCCACUCCGAUGGCUACCACCUCCUCGCCUUUUCCUCCUCCAAUCUCGGCUCUCUCAAGCUAGAAAACAUUCACUUCGAUAACAAAAUCUACACCGUCGAUGAUGUUGAUGAAUCUCAAUCCAAGGAUCAAGCUCCGAUGGCUUUAAUUGAAGCUAAAACUUGGUCUAAUUUGAUCAAUGACAGAAUUCCCAAAAUUGCCCCCAAAACUCCGAUCAUGACGCCGCCCGGCGAACCCGAGACUAUUAAUGUUUGGGAAGUCAUGGAAGGUCUUGACGAUAUUAGUCCCUUCCGUCCGACGUGUCGUCCCCGGAGCUUCUCCUUCGAUGUCAGUGCAGUUCCGGUAUGUGAUUCCUCAGAACAAGGGAAUUCAAAUUUGAAAGAAGUUAGCGAUUCCUCCACUUCCUCUAAACAAUUCUGGCUUCAACCAUCGGAGUUGGACCCUGAAGUGAUAUCUUCGUUUAGUAAAUCCUUCGAGGACCCAUUUGAUCUCCGGCCACUGGAGGACGAAUCACCGACCGGGAAGCUCGCCGGAGAUCCGACAGAAGGGAAAAACAGAGACAAAAUUGUGGUGUACUUCACGAGCCUGAGAGGGGUUCGAAAGACAUACGAGGAUUGUUGUGAUGUAAGGAUGAUUCUGAAAUCAAUGGGAGCACGAGUGGACGAACGGGACGUGUCGAUGGAUUCCGGAUUCAAACAGGAAUUAAAGGAGCUGCUCGGAGAAGGGACGAACCGUGGCGGAUUGCCGAGAGUGUUCGCGGGAAAAAAGUACAUUGGUGGGGCGGAGGAAAUUAAGAGACUCCACGAAGAUGGAGAGCUGGAGAAGAUUUUGGAAGGGUGUGAGAAAGCGGCGGAGGAAGGUGUGGGAGGAGAGGGCGGAGGGAGUUGUGAAGGUUGUGGGGAUGUGAGGUUUGUGCCAUGUGAGAGAUGUAGUGGAAGCUGCAAAAUUUACUAUGAAGAAGAGGAAGAGGAAGAGGAAGAGGAAGAAGAUGAAGAUGAUCAUGAAGAGGAAGAAGGGGGAUUUCAGCGGUGUCCGGAUUGUAAUGAAAAUGGGUUAAUUCGAUGUCCGAUUUGUUGUUGUUAGUGUAAUUUGAAACAAAAUUUUCGAUUUUGUUUGUGGGUUUGUUUGGAUUGUUUGUUGUGUACAGUGAAAAAUGGGGAUUUGGUUUUUGAUUUGGAGAGUUGAGAGUUUGAGAUGUAAAAUUUUUGUAACUGAUGCGAAGAAAAAUACAGCUUUAUUUAGGCAAGCUGUUAUCAA